CAAUCUAGUGGAUGCAUUCGGUCGCGUGAAACGAAACUUGGCUGAUGUGAGUGCGGAGCGCUCCCGAUCGAAACGGAUAUUUAAACGGGCGCCGGAUUCGAUUUCAAUUUAAAAUCUAAAUCCAUUCGCGUAUGCAAACUCAAUCGAUGCUGUGAAGAUGCAAGCGUAAAAGUGUUAAGUUCUUGAUGCAAACCCAACGAAACCCAAUCGAAAGAAAAUAAAAAAAUCAAAACAAAGAACUCACCGAAAGAAAGUCUCGUUCAUUAUGAGUGGAAGAGAAUAUCUCCACCAUUGGCUGGGUCAGUCCCUGAUGGCGAUCCUGAUCCUCAUGCUGAUCGCCGUGUCCACCGAUGGCUACAACAUCGAUCUGCCCAGUUAUGUCCGCUUCCGGCAGUCCACCAACUCCAUGUUUGGCUUCAGCAUUGCGAUGCACAAGGCUCGCAGUAACUUUUAUAGCAAUCAAAACAACGUCAGCUUGAUCGUUGGAGCCCCCAAAUUCGACACGUCCCGUUAUCAACAGGGCGUGACGGAGGCCGGCGGUGUGUUCAAAUGCAGCCUGAACGAUGACGACUGCAAAUUGGUGCCAUUCGACUCCAAAGGCAACAAUCGAAAUACGGAUAAAGAGGUCGUGGACAGGAAAUCCUAUCAAUGGCUGGGCGCCACGGUGGCCACAGGACGCGAUAGUGACUUGGUUGUGGCCUGUGCACCGCGCUAUGUGUUCCACACGAUGACGCCAUCGAAGGCGUUCCGCAUUGAUCCCGUGGGCACCUGCUUCACCUCGCACGACUUCGAGCAGUUCCACGAGGUCUCCCCCUGCCGGACAAACAACUGGGGUUAUCAUCGCCAGGGCUCGUGUCAGGCUGGAUUUAGUGCAGCGAUCAACGGGAAUGGCUCGCGUUUGUUCAUUGGCGCACCUGGCAGUUGGUACUGGCAAGGACAAACCUACUCAAUACCGCCCGAUGCCGAGUUUCCAUUUAAGCCGCCUUUUUAUCAGCCCUUCGGCACUGGAGGUCAGGCCAGCUCCCACGAUGUGACCAGGCCGGAGAACCAGGUGUUCUCCACCUCGGAAAGUGCCUCGGUGAAUGAUGACUCGUAUCUGGGUUACUCGAUGAUCACCGGUGACUUCAAUGGCGAUCGCAGCGAGGAUGUGGCCAUUGGCAUGCCUCGUGGUGCCAAUCUCGUUGGCCGCAUCGUCGUCAAUCAAUGGAAUAUGGCGAAUAUCUUCAAUAUCACGGGUCGUCAAAUUGGUGAAUACUUUGGCUACUCGCUGGCGACCAGCGAUGUGGAUGGCGAUGGUCUCGACGAUCUGCUCAUCGGUGCGCCCAUGUACACGGAUCCCGACAACGCGGAGGGCAAAUACGAUGUGGGCCGGGUGUACAUUCUGCUGCAGCGCGGUCCCAGCGAGGAGAAGGACUGGACCAUGGAGCACAUACGCGAUGGCUACCACAGCAAGGGACGAUUUGGCCUGGCGCUGACCACCCUGGGCGAUGUGAACGGCGAUGGCUAUGGCGACUUUGCAGUGGGCGCCCCCUACGACGGACCCGAGGGUCGUGGCGUGGUCUACAUCUUCCAUGGCUCAUCGCUGGGUCCGCUGACCAAACCGUCGCAGGUCAUCAAAUCGGAGCAGCUCGUCGAGGGUGCUCCCUAUCCGCGCACCUUCGGAUUCUCCCUGUCCGGUGGCCUCGACAUGGAUGGCAAUACCUAUCCCGAUCUGGCCGUGGGCGCCUACAGCUCCGACCAGGUGUUCAUCUUUAAGUCGCGACCCGUGGCCGCCGUGAAUGCGGAGACGAGUUUCGUCAGCAAUUCUAAGCUAAUCAGUUUGGAUGAUCGCAACUGUGAGCUGCUGCGGGAUCGCAAACAAGUGCCAUGCAUGCUGCUGUCCACGUGCUGGAGCUACACGGGUCGUUAUUUGCCCGAGCAGCUGGACUUCGAUGUGUCGUGGCUGCUGGACGCCAAGAAACUGCCCAAUCCGCGCAUGUUCUUCCUGCGGGACGAGGGCAAGAACAUUAGGAACCAGACCAUACGAUUGAACUACGGGCAGAAGUAUUGUUUGAAUGAGACGGUCUAUCUGCUGGACAAGGUGCAGGACAAGUUGACGCCUCUGGAGGUGGAGGCACGCUACAAUCUGCGCAGCAAUCGUCCCCUGGACCCAAUGGUUCGGCGCCGUAGGAGCAUCCUGGAGCCGGUGAUCGACCAGAACCGCGAGAUCGUCCUGCGCGAUGCCAUCAAUAUCCAGAAGAACUGCGGCGAGGACAACAUCUGCGAACCAGAUCUCAAGCUUAUUGUCAACACGGUGGACAAGUAUCUGUUUGGCUCACCCGAUCCAUUGGUCAUCGAGGUCCUCAUCUCGAACAACAACGAGGAUGCCUUCGAGGCCGCCUUCUAUAUGGUCACCCCACCGGAUCUUCAGUACCGAAAGUUGCAGCAGCUGGGCGAGAAGAAGGACACGCCCAUCACCUGCUCGGCGCCCACGCCGGAAAACAAUCACACGCUCAAGUGUGACAUUGGAAAUCCCUUGGAGGCUGGACAAAUUGCUCACUUUAAUAUCAGUUUGGUGCCGGAGGAGAAGUACGGUAGCUCGUCCAGUUACGACUUCUACUGGGAGGCCAACUCGACGAAUCUGGAGAAGCCGGGCUCCGACUACGACAACAAGAUCCGGCAGAGCGUGGGCAACUGGGUGGACACGGAUCUGGACAUCAAGGGCACCUCGCUGCCGGACUACCAGCUGUACAAGGCCGAUGACUACAAGGAGCUGUCGAAUGCCACCAAGGAGGAUGAGAUUGGGCCGCAGGUGGUGCACAUCUACGAGAUCCGCAACAAUCGUCCGUCGAUCAUCGAGGAGGCGGAGGUCUAUAUCCAUCUGCCCCACGAGACCAUUGUUGGCUAUCCGCUGAUGUAUCUGCUGAAUCAACCGGAGACGGGUGGUAAAAUUCAGUGCGACGAGGUGGCGGUCAAUGAGUACAAUCUCUUGCUGGACGAGAAGUUGCAAAGGAAAUCGUAUCUGCAGGCCCAGGGUGCCAUUUCGAAUUCGGCUCAGGUUGCUGGACAAUCGGCUAGCUCCUCCUCUUCAUCCUCCUCCUCCUCCUCCUCGUCGUCGUCGUCAUCCUCGUCCUCGGUGAUGACCUUCACCGAUGGCGGUGGUCGCGUGGAGAAGGCCCAGGGUGGUGGCUCUGCCCAGGGCGUUAUAGUGAGCAAGACGGAGGCCAGGAACCGAUUGACACCCAAACAGGUGCAGGAACUGGAGCACGAGGAUGCAUUGGAAGCCCUGGGAGAUGCCUCCUUCGUACAUCGCGAUCGCGCCAGUCAGACCAGUCAGAGCAGUCAGGUGCAAGAGCCCCGAAUGAAUCAAUCAAGCUUUGCCACCUUCUCCAGCAGCAGCUCCUCAUCGGGAUCGGGUUCCCCAUCGGCCCAAUUGCGUGGUCACAGUACCCAGGGUCACAUCCAGAUGGCCGAACCGAUUCAGCACUCCCGGAGCUCGAGCAGCUCCAGCAAUUACCGCUUUGGGCCAACACAGCAGCAGCAGCAUCAGCAGCAACAGCAGCAGCAGCAACAUAUCCUGUUGGCAGGUGCCGGAGGAUCUGGAGGUGGCUCUGCAUCUGGAUCUGGUAUCAACUUCCAUGAUAAAUCACAAUUUGGCGGUCGUAGUGGCAACUUCCAUGCGGGCACUUUGGAUCUGGGCACCAUAAACCGGGGCAAUGUGGACAACGAGCUGUACAGGAGUCAGGCUCAAUAUCAGCAUCCCGGCCAGAGUUUGGGUCAAAGUCAGGGGCAGUUCCAGGCCGUUUCGGCCAACCAGGGACACUACCAGGGACAGAAUCAGGCACAGUACCACCAGGCACGCCAACCGGUACAAUCCUUCCAGGGACAGACUCAGUACAGUGGCACACCCGGUGGCUAUCAGACCCACCAUGUGACCUACUCCUCGUCGGGCGGCAAGCCCUACUAUGGCAGGGAGAAUGAGGACUAUUACGACGAGGAUAAUCUGCAGCAGGCCACGCCAGGUCAGUGGAGCAGCUCCAGUUCAUCCAGUUCCUCAUCGCAGCGUCGCCUGCGGAGAGCCAGUGAUACGGAUUCGGAUACGGAAACGGAUUCGGCGGAGCAGCCGCUACAGAUCGAUUUGAACUCACCGUGCAAGUCGGCCAGGUGCAAGAAAAUCCGCUGUGUGGUGCGAGAUCUUAGCACCGAGGAUGGCGAUGCCGCCUUCGUGGCCAUCCGGGCGCGCAUGGUGGCCAAGACGAUGGAGAAGCUGGCCUCGAACGUGCCGCUCAAUGUGUCCACGCUGGCGGUGGCCAAUGUCACCCGGCUGCCCUUCAUCGGGCCGCCCAAGGAUGCGAUCGUGAAGACGCACGAGAUCUUCUACAAGGCGGAGCCGGAGCCGCAACAGGUGCCUGAUGUGGUGCCUCUGUGGGUGGUGGUCCUGGCCGCCUGCGCCGGAGCACUCAUCUUCCUGCUGCUCGUCUGGCUGCUCUACAAGUGCGGCUUCUUCAACCGCAACCGGCCAACGGAUCACUCGCAGGAGCGGCAGCCACUUCGGAAUGGCUACCAUGGCGACGAGCACCUGUAGAGUGCCAACGAUGUCCGCCAGUUUGAAAACGCAGCACCAAUAGCAAGAAUAUUAACAAAACCACGAAAUACUUCUAACAUCGCACACUAAACCAAAACGUACUAAAAACAACGAAACGGUUCUAAGACGUACCAAAAUCGAACGCUUGGUUGGAGUUUUAAAACAUGCGAUGUCGACGGGAGGUGCCAGUGGAAAGUGGAAAGUCCCCUCCAAAUAGAUCACUUAUGAGGGAUACACCUGCUGCUUGAAAAAGGAUAUCUCUUUAAAACGAGAGGGAGAACUUUGUUCCGAAAAAAAAUCAACACAUUUAAACUUGCCUAGUCACGACAUGAAGAACUUUCUAAUGCGUAAAGGUUUUUUAACUUUAACAAACCUACUAUUAUUUUUUUUUUUUUGUAAUUUUUUUUAUUUUAAACUUUUGUGUUUUUGUUCAUUGCAAAAAUUUCGAGGAAAGUUGCACAAGUGCUAUAUUAAUCUGUACUAAAGAAAGUAAAGCGGAGAAAGUCGAGAGUCGAGAGGAACCUAGGCUAAGUGAGUGAAUGACUGAAAUAUAUUGACUGAAUGCGCAAGUGAAUGAGCGAAUGUGAGUGAUAGCCAAUAUGGAAAUAUCAAAGUUUUAAGUUCUGGAUCGAGAAAAAGGGGAGAAUGUGCUGCCUGCAGAAAAGCUGUCCUAUACUGCCACGCCCCCAUUUUUAGGCAGCAGCCGAGGCAUGGAAUAAAAUACAGAGGAAAUCCACACUUAUUAGGUGCUACUCUAAUUUUUUUGUAAAUCUAUUAUCAAGUCUCUUGAUAAAGCUUGGCGUUUUGCCUAACGCGAAACCCAUUUUUUUGUGGACAGUUAUUCAAACUCAAAGUUUGCCAGUUGAAGGGAAAGUUACAACGCCAAAAUGUGUUGAAAAAUGCAAAAGAAAUCAUUAAAACAAAAACAAAAAGAAGAAAUUAUUGAUUAAUCUAUGUAAUUCUUUGUGUAAAUACUAAAAAUGAAAACAAACAAGAAAGGAAUCAAACUUCGGCAAGCCGAAGUUCAUAUACCCUUGCAGUUAAUGCUAAAAUUAAAUAUUCUGGA